AUGGCUAGGACAAUUGCAUUCGGCGACCUUCAAGUACCGUCGCCCGGUUUCGGUGCGAUGGGAUUGAGCUUCGGCUUGGGGAACAACUUUAGCCUCGAGGAGGCAGAACCAGUUCUGCUCAAAGCCAUUGAGCUCGGUUGCACAUUUUGGGAUACUGCUGUUAUAUACCAGGCCGGGGUCAAUGAGAAGCUCCUGGGUGACUUUAUUAGAAAGCACAAUGUUCGCGAAAAAGUGUUCAUUGCGUCAAAGUGUGGUCUGAUGGCCUUUGGCGAAGGAAAAGGUUGUACCAAUUCGCCUGCCCACAUCAAGGAGUACAUCGAAGGCACCAUUGAGCGUCUGGGCUUCACCCCUGAUUUGUAUUAUCUGCACCGCAUCGAUCCCAACACCCCGCUCGAGGAGUCUAUCCCAGCUCUAGAUGAGAUUCGCAAAGCCGGCAAGACAAAGUACAUUGGUCUGUCAGAGUGUUCGGCAGCAACGUUGCGGAAGGCAAACUCCAUCGCCAAAAUCGAUGCCCUCCAGGCUGAAUAUUCGGCUUUCGAGACCAUUCAUGAGACGGAUGGCUUGGUCGAUACGGCUAGAGAACUUGGUGUCGCUUAUGUCGCCUACAGUCCCCUGGGUCAUGGAUGGCUCGUUGAUGAUUUCCCGUUUAAGUCGCCUGCUGAUUUUGCUCCGGAUGACUUCCGUCGCACUUCGCCCAAAUUUCAAAGUGAAAACUUCUACAAGAACAGGCAAAUCGUGGAUGAGAUCAAGAAGCUUGCCGCUCGGAGGGGCUGCACGACUAGUCAGAUAGCGCUCGCCUGGGUAGCAGCCCAGGGUAUGAUCGCAAUUCCUGGGACGACAAAGGCCAAGAGACUGGAGGAAAACUGGGCCUCGCGAGAUAUUGCUCUAACGAAUGAGGAGAUGCAAGAGUUCCGCCGGGUGGUUGAUGCGGCCAAGCCUCAUGGAAAUAGAUACGGACCUGAGAAUCAGGCAAUGGUUGGUCAUUAG